CAGGUUGAGGGCGGGGCUCUCUCUGCUCCUGGGCUGGCCCAGGCUCUCAGCGGGUGGCCUGGAGUCCAUCUGUCCGUCCGUCCUGUCUGUCUGUCUGUCUGAGCAGCUGCCUUGCAGCCAGGCCAUGUGGACCUAGGAAAAGACAGGGAUGGUGCAAAGAUUGAGCGAGGAGAAAGAAGGCACCAUGGCCCAGGACACGGUUCCACUGCUGCUGUUGUCACUGCAGCUGCUACUCGGCCCCGUCCUUGCGGUGAAGGCCCCGGCAUCCGGCCGGAGCGGCACCCACAGCCUGGGCCCCGAGGAGAGUGAAUUUGCGGAGGAGGAGCCCGUGCUGGUCCUGAGCCCCGAGGAGCCAGCCCCCCCUGGCCCGGUCACCAUUGACUGCCCCCGAGAGUGCGCCUGCUCCCAGGAGGGCGUCGUGGACUGUGGUGGCAUUGACCUGCGUGAGUUCCCUGGUGACCUGCCGCAGCACACCAACCACCUCUCCCUGCAGAACAACCAGCUGGAGAAGAUCUACCCAGAAGAGCUGUCCCGGCUGCAGCGCCUGGAGACUCUCAACCUUCAGAACAACCGCCUGACUUCCCGAGGGCUCCCGGAGGAAGCUUUUGAGCACCUGACCAACCUGAAUUACUUGUACCUGGCCAACAACAAGCUGACCCUGGCACCCCGAUUCCUGCCGAGUACCCUGAUCAGCGUGGACUUUGCUGCCAAUUACCUCACCAAGAUCUACGGGCUCACCUUUGGUCAGAAGCCAAAUUUGAGGUCUGUAUAUCUGCAUAAUAACAAGCUGGCCGAUGCGGGGCUGCCAGACCACAUGUUCAACGGCUCCAGCAACGUGGAGAUCCUCAUCCUGUCUAGCAACUUCCUGCGUCACGUGCCCAAACACCUGCCACGCGCCCUAUACAAGCUGCAUCUCAAGAACAACAAGCUCGAGAAGAUUCCACCAGGGGCCUUCAGUGAGCUGAGCAACCUCCGGGAGCUGUACCUGCAGAAUAACUACCUAACCGAUGAGGGCUUGGACAAUGAGACCUUCUGGAAGCUCUCCAGCCUCGAGUACCUGGAUCUGUCCAGCAACAACCUGUCCAAGGUGCCGGCCGGCCUCCCCCGCAGCCUGGUCCUGCUGCACCUGGAGAAGAAUGCCAUCUGGAGCGUGGGUGCCGACGUGCUCACCCCCAUCCGCAACCUCGAGUACCUGCUGCUGCACAGCAACCAGCUGCGGGCCGAGGGCAUCCACCCGCUGGCCUUCCAGGGCCUCAAGCGGCUGCACACCGUGCACCUGUACAACAACGCGCUGGAGCGCGUGCCCAGCGGCCUGCCCCGCCGCGUGCGCACGCUCAUGAUCCUGCACAACCAGAUCGCCGGCAUCGGCCGCGACGACUUCGCCACCACCUACUUCCUGGAGGAGCUCAACCUGAGCUACAACCGCAUCGCCAGCCCGCACGUGCACCGCGACGCCUUCCGCAAGCUGCGCCUGCUGCGCUCGCUCGAUCUGUCCGGCAACCGCCUGCAAACGCUGCCGCCGGGCCUGCCCAGGAACGUGCGCGUGCUCAAGGUCAAGCGCAACGAGCUGAGCGCCCUGGCGCGGGGGGCUCUGGCGGGCAUGGCCCAGCUGCGGGAGCUCUACCUCACCGGCAACCGGCUGCGCAGCCGGGCCCUGGGGCCUCGAGCCUGGGUGGACCUGGCUGGGCUGCAGCUGCUGGACAUUGCGGGGAAUCAGCUCACAGAGAUCCCCCAGGGGCUCCCCCAGUCGCUGGAGUACCUUUACCUUCAGAACAAUAAGAUCAGCACAGUUCCCGUCAACGCCUUCGACUCCACCCCCAACCUCAAAGGGAUCUUUCUCAGGUUUAACAAGCUGGCCGUGGGCUCCGUAGUGGAAAGCGCCUUCCGGAGGCUAAGGCACCUGCAGGUCUUGGACAUUGAAGGCAACUUUGAGUUUGGUGACAUUUCCAAGGACCGUGGUCACUUAGAGGAGGAAGAGGAAGAAGAGGAGGAAGAGGAGGACGAAGAUGAUGAAGAGGAGGAGCAGCCAACAAGAUAGUGUCAAAGUAACCCAGAUCUGAACUAGGUGGGUGGUCCGCGUAAGGGUGGCGCCCACCUUUUCUCAACGGCGCUUUCCUGCCUCUGACCCGGGGUCUAGGGUCUCUGUGUCCAUCCCUCAUCUGCCCUCUGCUCGAUCCCUUCACAAAACUUUGCACGUGGAAUGUAUAUAUACCGGGCCUGGCGGAGCUGUUUAGGGACAGAGUGACAUCAAGUCUAUGGAGGCUGGCCCAUGCCAGGGGCUUCUGAUCUGUGGGGACAAAUUCUCAGAGCAGCCACAUUGGGGUGGCGUGGAGGGCUGGGAGAGUUUGCCUAAGGCACUGAAGUAGGGUUGCCCAGAGAGCCAAGACACUUGUAUGUAACACAAACACACACACACACACACACACACACACACACACACGUUACUCUAGAAUAUAUUGGCAAGCAUGGUCCACGUACAAACUUGCAUGCACCUACGUGCGCACACGUGGAUACGUACAGGGGCGUGCCCCUCUCUGUGUGUCCACGCGCACAGACUCUUGAGUGCAGACACACAUGUGUGCACACACCUGGCACACACAUAGACUUCUCCUGAAGUAGAGGGCUGCCUGGGUCUCUGUUGUUGAGAAGCCAAGGGAGUUGGGGGUACCGCCAGGGCCCCCUGGAUGUGUCCCACACAAGAGUCCUCCUUUGGCUUCAGUUAGUGACUGACGAUGAGGUAAGAGUAAAGGCCCCCCCCCCACAUCCGCCCUGGGGGAGCAGUGCCAAUGGCUCAUUCCACGGGCAUCUCCAUUCAGAGUCAAGCUGGCAUGAGCGGUGCUAUGGCGGCAAGCUGCCAGGUAGUUAAAAGAGUGGGUAUGAGGCGGGCUGUGCUGGGCCAGGGCGCUGGGAAGCUGCGGUCACAUGCGGGCUGGUGGCUUGCUGUGAAUUUAGGUCAGCCUGUUGGAUCCUGGGGUGCAACGGAGCCCAUGGUGGGGCGGGGGGGGGGAGGUUUGCUGUUGAUGGAUGAUGAUAGAUAGCCUUCUGGAUGGAAGAUGAUGGUGGAAUUGGGGUGGCCGCUGUUGACAGAGAGCAGCCUGCAGAGCAAGAGUGUGAACAUGGAGGGACAGGUGACCCCUGCUCACGCAGGCUCACUUCGCUGAGGUUUUGUCCUUGCAGAGCUAAGAUCAAUAGCAGCAGUGACUGACGGCCCUCACGGGUUGGACUGUGUAUGGAGUCCUGGGGGUGGGGGUUCGGGGAGGAGACUGUCCCCAUCUGGAGGUGUUUGCCAUGGUCAGGGCAACUGAGUGAGAGCCUCGGGUGAGCCCCAGGGCCCGCCGGGACCUAAGGUUCUCAUCCACAUGACACGGUCACCUCCCUGUGCCUCUGACUCCCGACAGCGCCUCCUCUUUGUCACCGCUUGGAGCGGCUUGCAGUCUUGGCUUCCUGGAGCCCCUCUGAUGUGAAUCCACUUCCCCGGGGCUGGCUGUGGCUAGCCCCCGAGUCACCCGCACAUCCCAUAGACCCGAUGGACUGCUGGACACCUUCCCGCGACCCAGGGCGGUGCCCCGUGAGCCCCCUCCCGGCGUGCCCAGCCUUGAGCCUGUGGGGUAUCCUGCCCUCCACAAGCAGCCUUGAAGUCUUGUGUCCCACCGUCCUGUUUCAGACACCACGGAAUCCCUCCACACUCAGCUUGGCCACACGCAUAGCCAGCUACACAUCACCCUCCAAAUGGGCAAGCUCUGCCCAGACCCUAAUGCCAUACUCCUGAUCUCUGGGUCACACAGACACUUCUUCCCCCACUCUGGCCUACAUGGGCAGCCAUUCCCUUCCCUGUCCAUACACACACACACACGCACACGCAUGCACACACACACACACAGUCCUGCGCAAAUAAGUCUCUGUGGUCUUUGCCACCCAUAGCUCUUGUUCCUGGCCAGAAUAACUCGCCACGUGCCUCGUCCUCUCCUAUCCGGAGAAGACACAGGGCCAUCUUCCUACCGGGUGACCAGGUGUUUUCUAAACCUCCGGGGACUCACAAAAGCUGGCUGUGUUCCUUGCCCUUGUCCCUCCCUUUGGGGAACCAAAACCUUUGGACUUGUACCUUCGCCUUUUUCCCCUACCCCUGUCACUAGGGUGGUCCACCUGCUGAGAGUCUCCUCCUUGCCAUUCUCUGCCAAACCCCAGGCAGCAUCGGGGGCCUCCUGUGCUGCUUGGGGGUGCGCGCGGUUGGGGGGGUGUGUAGAGAGUCUUGGGCAGGAGGCAGGCAGUGUGGCAGAGCCCAGGAACACAGUUUUCUUUGGGUCUGCAGGGCAGUUCUGGGUACCUCUGGUUUGGUUUGGUCUGGUUUUGAUUUUUAAGGAGUGGGGGUAAAAAAAAAGAAAAGAAAGAAAGAAAGAAAGAGAAAUCACAAAGCCGAUUUUCCUGUUACAGAAAAGCUAAUAUAAAACAUUAUCCCUGCCCUGGCA